AUGCUGCGCAUUAUAAUGUCGCCGCCUUCCUGGGUCUAUCCGACCGUAGCCGCGUCCACUUGGCUAGCCAUGCUGCUGGCUAUGCUUGGCCAUUGGACUAUGAUCGGUGAACCUCGAUAUGGCUUAAUGAAACCUGGCCAAAAUAUACCAUUCAUUUCAGAUAUUGGAGCCCAGGAAUUGAAGCCAUUGUUCAUGAUCGGCUGUAUCACGACUGUGCUGCUUGUCAACCUCUCUUUUUAUCAACUCAUCCAAAACAAGGGAUAUAUCAACAAAUUGUGUACGCACGGUUCAUUCUUUUUCACCGUCGUCGGGAGCAUCGGCUUGGUCAUGCUCUCAGUCUUGGAUAACCUCGCCCACCAUUUCGUGCAUGAUGUCUGCGUGACAAUAUUCAUCGUGGGGUACCUAGUCAGUGCAGCGUUGAUGUGUCUAGACUACAUCUAUCUAGGUAUUGCACACGCGCUGCGCGAACCUAUGCUUAUGACCAGCUUCGUCAUCAAAGCCUCGUUCAUUGUCGUUGAACUUGCUCUUAUCAUUGUCUUCCGGAUCACGGAAUACACACACUACAACCAGAACAACAUGGCUGCGACUCUUGAGUGGGUCAUUGCGUUCGUUUUCACCGGAUACAUUCUCUCGUUGAUCGUCGACUUGAUGCCAUCGGCCCAAAGAAAUCUUCGUGGUCCAAAGGGGUACCAGCCACUUGAGAUGAGUAUGGGCUUGUCGCCUUAG